AUGGUGGUUCUGCCUCUAGGACUCAAUAUCUUCGGUAUGGCUUUUCGAUUAGUCGAUUCCUUCCUGCUCCGUGCCACUAAACCUCGUCUCUGCUUAGUGACGCUCCUCAACGACAGCAUGGGCUACAUCCAUUCCUGCUCCCUCCGCUGGUCCUUACAACGAGAAGGCAAACUCGACUUCAACUCAAACCUGCGUCUACUUACCUCGCCGAAGCACAGUCGACCCAACGGCAUGAUACCAAACGCCGUUUACCUCAUCGGCAUUGUUCUCUCGUACGGUUCAACAUCCCUUAUUUUUCUAAGCUUGAAUCCGGAACUGGCGCGGCUGCUGGGCAAAGACUACGAUAGCGAUGACAUUGACGGCGUCCACAUCAACCCCGUUGCCCUUUUUACCUUGGGCGCUGGGUUCCUGCUACAAGCCAUCAUCACCAACUGGGCGUUGGUCGAGACCAACAUACCGACUUGGAGCUCCAACCCUCUCGACGUCGCCCGCGUGUGUACCGUUGACGAACACGACGGCCAUCGGGUCGAGCCAAGAAUUGGGAGGUGCAUGAUGAGCGUUCAUCUAGCAAAAGAAGACGCGAGGUGGUGCAAGCCGAGGCCAAAACAGGGGCCCAUGAUCACAGCGCACUCUCAUGUCAGGCGGAUCCUGAUCCUCCUAUGGAUACUUCCGAUACUAAGCGGUAUCUGGGGCAGCGGCGUCUACGGCUACCUCCUCAAAGGCAGCCAAAAUAACGUUUUCGGAAGAUCCUGGUCACUGCUCCCCAUAUUCACGGGCAGUACCGAUUCCAACUGCAGCACCCAUCAAUGUACGGACGGUACGUCGGUCGUCAACGUUGGCUGGACCGCCAACGGAGCGGCCGGUGUUGUUGGCGCCGUCUUUCUCAUCAUGGCCUUCCAGUCUGUCGUCACACUCUCGCUACAUUGCGCAGAACUGAUCGUCAAUUUGUCCCGAGACGAGAAAGUAUACCGCGGACUUCUCGGGUUGAGGGGCACCAACGGCCAUCACAACUCGGUCCUCGCGGCCUUCACUUCGUGGCAGACACUGUUCUUGUUCGCCCUCAAGGCGGGUGUUCACUGGAUGUUUGGUCUUGCCAUCAACUUGCAGUUCCAGCUCGGCGUCAACAUGCACCCACCACAAAUCUUCUACUUCUCCGCCUUCUGCCUAGCAGCCGCCAUUUUUGGAUUGCUCCUUUCCGUGUGGCGGCCUGCGGGCUACCUUCCUGCCGCGUACGGCCAUAUCCAAACCAUCGCCGACGUCGUCGACGAGUGGGCCGACUCUGGCGCCAUGUUUUGGGGCGAGAAAAAGGCCGGCAACCCCGGGUACACCGGCACAAGCACCCACCGGCUUAAGCAACCAGAUGAGAGGAUGUGGUACGGUGGCCAGCCCGAACACCGGUCGUCACAGGUCCGGGAUAGUGCAGUACCCACAGAGCUGUAUAACCUCGCCCCAUCGAAUGCCACGCCGCCGAUACAACCCUUCUUCUACCCAACGACACCUCCGCCCUAUCCUCCUGCCGGCCCACCGCAUAUGCAACAUAACUCGUACUCCCAGUGGGCCCAGCAAGCGCACCAGCAAGCGCAGAAUCGGCCGAGCCAUCACAGCUUGAACAGCGCCUUCUCGGGAAUGUCAGGGUACUCAUACAACUCGAACUACAGUGCCCAGAGCACUCAGCCAUUUCUCGGGAAUCAGAGGGCUUGGUAA